AUGAUGAUCAAUCGGUCAGAGACGUGCGCGACCCGAAAGCUUGUGCAAUGCACCGACUUCGGGGUGUCCAUGAACGAUGUCACGCAGAAAUUCUAUGGUCACCCCGAUAACGCACCCGAUCUUACCAAGGAAGAAUUCAUGGCACGGAGGUCAAUACUCGACCAGGUCUCAUUCUGGUGUGAAACGCAUGCCGAUCUCAAAUACGACGCCCAGUGGGCGCCAAUCCUGUACAAAUACGAGAUCGUCAAGGCCUCGGCCAAGCGACCGCGCGACUGGGGCCACCUCCUCUUCACCGAUAUGACCCUCUCGCGCUUCCUCCUCGUCAUGAUCUUCCCCGAAACCUGCAAUUGCGGCAACUACUCUCACCAUGACUACGACGCGCUCACAAAGUAUCAAGCCGACCGCUUCAUGUCCCUCCUCGUCUACCUCCACGGCGAAUGGGAGUGGGGGAACGAGCCUAAUUGGGUCCGCGCAACCUACGUCACCCCCGCGGAGGGCUACAAAGUCAGCCCCGAGUUUCUCGACAACAUGAAGGCGCCCGCUGGGGACUACCGCACGCCAGGCCAGCCGUCCAUCUUUCAGGUCACGCGCGAGAAGUUCAUCCCGACGCUGCUCCCGAGCGAGCUUGAGAAGAUCGACAACACGGUGGCGAGGGGGAAUCAUAGCACGAAGAAGAAGGAUGACAAGCCAAGUGUGCGCGAUCAGGUACUGGGCACCAAGGACGACCGACCGGAGGUCAGCAAGGCAUGGCUGGAGGCGAAUGCACGGCAGUGCGCAUACUGCGAGGCGCCGAAGGAGGCGAAGCAUCUGAUGUUGUGUUCGAAGUGCAAGCUCGUGUACUACUGUGGGCGGGAGUGUCAAGCCCAAAGGCCGCUGCUGUUCAAGGCAACCGCGGCAGCAUCCCGGAGAACAUUCCCCAUCAACGACCUACCCAGCGAGAUCAUCGACUACAUCUUGAUCCUCACUAUACCCAAAGAGCUCACAGACCCCACACCUGACUCGGGCAGAGCUUUCCGCGCCUUCCUGGAGGAGACCGGCUACUACGACAAAGUACUGGCGCUCUCGAAAGACCAACCUCUCACCGUCGUAUGCGUCCUCGGCAACAUGACUAUCGCCGAUGUUCUCGCCUCCCCGACCUUCGCGCCGCAUAUUCAUCGCAUACGGCUACUCAGCAUUCAAGUUCUUAGCCACAACUAUACGGAACCAAUAUUCCCUCUCGUGGAGGGGAUUGCGACACCGGCCCUCGAGGUGCUGCGCGUUGACAUGAAGUACAUGGACGAGUCCUGGGAAAACUCAGGCCGGGGAGGAUGGCGUGGAAUCCUGCACAGUGCCCCGCGCUUGUCAGAAUUCUCCCUUGCAGGCUUCUGCAUAUACUGGGACAUCUUCUCUCUCUCCCAGUGCACCGUUCUCGGUCACUAUGAGGAUGAGGAGCAACACCCAUCCGAGCUCUCAGAGCCUCUGAGCGGCGGUGAGGACGCGUCCGAGGAUGACGAAGAGGGCACCACGGAGCGGGAUCGACGAGGGGCGGCCCGCGGACUUCGUCGAGAAAGCAGGCAGCAAAGGAAGGCUGCUUACCAAGCCAUGAUGGGUCCGCACUUGCUUCUCAACCUCAGCGAGCUGCACCUCAGAGUCUCGCACGACCCAUCAUAUAACUCGCGGGUCGACCGAACACACACUUUCGACGAGCGCUCGGGACUGGCGAAGUUCGUUGACGGACUCGACGCCCCCGCGCUGACACGUCUUACUAUAUCCUCAGCCGGGGGACUGGGUGCCAGCAACUCAAGUAAGGGGUCUGACGAUGAAAAUGUAUUGCUCGAGGCUCAGGAGGCCGGCGCGCAGCCCCGCCUGCUGCAGCCGCUUCUCAGCGACCUCAUCGAGCGUUCUCGGUGCUCUAUCCGCCACCUCACGCUUUCGCACCUGUUCAUCUCCCUUCCCGAGCUACUUGGUAUCCUCGAGCUAUGCCAGCACCUACACUCACUGUACCUUGACCAGCCGCUGCGCUUCAUGGGAAGCUCGCUCCUCGACGGCCUAUCGGAGCGCAGUGGGCGCCUCCUCGCCCCCGAGCUCCGGCGCCUGGUCAUCGAGGCCCGCGCGAAGAGCGAGUAUAACGUCUUCAAAACCACCGAUAUACUCAGCAUGGUCAAUUCCCGAUGGCCGCCGGGACGGAGCGAUUCCUACAUCACAUCUCCUUUACGCGAAUGCAACUUCCAAGCCAGCACGGGCUCUGCAUCAAUGUCUUAUAUCUCGAAUUGGCCCAAUGUCACUGCUAUCGGGCCCCUCAAUAAUACCACUGGCUCUGUCUCCUCAAGCUGGCGAUGCGUCGCAAUUGCAUCAAUGCACUUUUGGCGCCCAAUGUGGCGGACCUCGGGUGGCCAAUGGUCUCGUCAAUGCUGGGCCCUCAAAUUCCUACAAUGUCCGAUGCCACGCAAGAGCGUCAAUGUCCACGGAAGCUUGCCCAACAGGAGUAGGGCAUGCGUCAAUGAUACGCCACCCAACGGUCCCUCAACUGCUCGCCGUUGGCUUCUGCUCGCCGUCGCCUUUAGACCUUACGACACCUCGCAAACACGCCAUGUAUUGUCUCGGGCAGCCGAUGUAUCAUCGACGUCGACGUUCAGUCUUCAAACCCCUCCAGACUCGGAUGCUACGCAAGAUGCCAGCCUCGCGAGCACGCCCAAUGACGCGGAUAACGGACACCGACGCUCGGACAGCGCAACACCUCAGGACCCAGCCGCCAAGUGGCAAUGA